AUGGGAGUUACUGUUAGUCGAGAGAUCGGUCAAUGGCUUCCAAUUAUCUCUCGAGUCACGAUGCGAGCUCUCUAUGGGGAAAGUGAUUCUGAUUCUGAUUCCAGAUGGAAUUGGAACGUGGUACAGAAUAAUGGGAUCUCGGCAGCACAGCAGGUGCCUCAUGUACACUUUCAUGUCAUUCCGAGACCGGCAGCGAAUGCGGAGCCCGGUGCAGCGAAGAUGAGUUUUGUUAUGUUUGGAAGAGGGCAGAGGGAUGAGUUGGAUGACGAAGAGGGAGCGAAGCUAGCGGGUCUGCUGCGCCAGGAGCUGGCGAGGGAAGUGCAGCAGGUUAAACAGCAGGAUGGAGUGGAUCUGGAAGUAGACGAGAAGACGAUGCUGGGGAAACUUUGA